CCGGUCAUUAAUUAUUAUGGCGGACAAGAACAGGAGAGCCUCUCCGCCAUUCGACCAAUUAUGGCAUCCCAUUUUCCCUUGAUUUCAUCACUCGAUUUCUUUUUUAGUUUUUCUAUUUAUUUUUCUAUCAAUGGUGUUUCCCUUUUGAGAUGUGUGUGAAAUAUGGUUGCGAUUGGGGGAAUUUCGUUGCCGGGUUUUCUGCCGCCAUCGCUCCAUCACCAAUCCUUUUCGCCGUCGGCGAUUGGGUUCGCGAGGUUUCCAGAUAGGAUUAGCUUCAGAUCGUCGGUGGUUUGGCGGGAUGGGGUUGAGAAGAAGGAUUCGAGGGUGGUGAUUGUUAAUGGGAAGGUCGAUGGUUUGGGUAAGAGUGAAUGCGAGACUGAGUUUGAUACUACCUUGGGCAAUGGACAUGCUGGGAACUCGGGAAAAAAUCAUGGAGUGUUAUCCACAGUAGGAAAUUCUACCAAUAUCAAGUGGCAUGAAUGUUCAGUUGGAAAGAAUGAAAAACAGAGCCUUCUCAAACAGAAAGGUUGUGUCAUAUGGAUCACAGGUCUCAGUGGCUCAGGGAAGAGCACUGUGGCCUGUGCCUUGAGUCAAAGCUUAUACAAAAUGGGAAAGUUGGCGUAUAUUCUUGAUGGGGACAAUGUCAGGCAUGGGUUGAAUCGUGACCUCGGUUUUAAAGCAGAAGAUCGUGCUGAGAAUAUAAGGAGGGUCGGUGAGGUUGCAAAACUGUUUGCAGAUGCUGGAGUUAUUUGCAUUGCUAGUUUGAUAUCCCCAUAUCGAAGGGAUCGAGACGCCUGUCGUGCCAUUUUGCCUGAUGGAUACUUUAUCGAGGUGUUCAUGGAUGUUCCUCUUGAAGUUUGUGAAGCUAGAGAUGCAAAAGGACUGUAUAAGCUUGCACGGGCAGGGAAGAUCAAAGGCUUUACUGGUAUCGAUGAUCCAUAUGAAGUACCAUUGAAUUGUGAGAUAUUACUGAAACACAAUGGAGGUUCCCCAAGUGAGAUGGCAGGGAAAGUACUGAGUUACCUAGAGCAGAAGGGCUUCCUGCAGGCUUAACUCAAACUUUAUGCGAAAAGGGGCUUUUAACAACUGAAGUUUUGGUUGAAAUUUUUAUUCUAUUUUAGAGCAAAUCCACUUAACUUGCUUUUGGCUUUGUUUAUUUGUUUUGUGACAUCUAAUUUGCUUCUUCUUUGUCCACUUCUUUUCUGGAUACAGAUAGGAAUGAAGGUUUGGUGUAGAAUGUUGUCUGAAAAAGGUUGAUCUGUAUAAUGUAAUAUAGAGUUGUUUGAAACAGGGUUCAAUGUUUUAUACAAAAAGUAUAUCAGAUAUUUUUGAUGAAACCAUAAGUUAAUCUCAA